UUAUUGGAAAUCUAACCAAAUGUGGAUUAUAAUUUAUUGCAACCAAAAAAAUGACAAACGAAUUAAAAUCAAAAGGUUUUGGAGAACAAAAUCAAAAUCUAAGACUAUGCCACAAAAUAUUGUUACAAUUACUACAACCACAGGUCCCCAAUUAUAGCAACAAAAAGAAUUAUCACAAUUUCCACCAAAAAAUAGCAAAAAAACAAACACAAAUAAAACAGUCACGUGGUGGGACUGAAAAACAUCCCUUCAUUAUCAUGUUAAUUACACUCAUAAUCUCGUGUUAAUUACACUCAUAAUCUCCUCUUCAUUAACUAAUCACUCAACUACUCCUACUACAAAAUUCCUUUUCCAAUUUCCCCAAAUUCUCUCUCUACAUCUCACCACCACCUCACACACUCUCUCUCUCUAGAAAUCCCCACGCUCCGGGGUAGUGUAGUAGCUGUAUCACAACUUGCGCCUGCGCUGCCUGCGGAUAGCGACAACCGAGCUAACCGACACUCCUCGCCGCAGCUGAAUCUGACGAGCGCCGGGGGCCUGCUUCCCGGUGCUGCCUCCAGAUGAGUAGAUCGCUAGCCGCCGCCGCCGUGGUCUUGCUGGCAGUGGCGCUGGUGGCCGCCGCCGCGUCGGAGGAUUCGAAGCUGGUCGAGGAGGGGGGUGUGGAGGCUGCUGCCUUCUCCAAUGCGACCGGCACUGAGCUCGGUGGGAAUGGGACCAGGCCGAAGGAGGACACGUUUGCUGAUAUGAUCGAUCGCGCGCUCGAGAAGGAAUUCACGGAGAAUGAGGAUCAUAAUGAAGUGAACGAUGCUGGUAGCUUCAACAACAGUGUGGCUGAGCAGCAGGCUGUUUUGGAAACAGUAGCUAGAGUCAAGCCAAAGAAAAAUGAAACGAAAGAAGAAAAAUCCUUUAAAUUUAAUCAAGUUUUCAAUCUGGAUAAUGACAAUGGAGCUGAAGAGACCCCUACAUUAAUCGAUAGAAAGGAUAAUGUAUUUAUCAUAUCAAAUUUCAAGUCCAAAUACCCUGUGCUGCAGCUAGACUUGAGGCUCAUAUCAGACCUGGUUGUCGUCAUUGUCUCUGCAACUUGCGGUGGAAUUGCUUUUGCUUGUGCUGGACAACCGGUGCUUACUGGAUACUUAUUAGCAGGAUCGCUUGUUGGACCUGGAGGUCUAAAUGUCAUCAGUGAAAUGGUGCAAGUUGAGACAGUGGCUCAGUUUGGUGUAAUUUUCCUUCUGUUUGCUCUGGGCCUGGAGUUCUCCACAACGAAGCUACGAGUUGUUCGUGCAGUUGCUAUUCUUGGAGGGCUACUUCAAAUUCUCUUUUUCAUGUGUCUAUGUGGAGUUAUAGCCUCGGCAUGUGGUGGCAGAGCCUCUGAGGGUGUGUUUAUUGGCGCUUUCCUGUCAAUGUCAUCUACAGCAGUGGUAGCAUACUCUAAGUUGAGCUGA